CUUGGCCUCACUUUCUAUUGACGUUGUCUACCAAAUGUUAUUUCCAUCAUUAGUUUUUCAAUAUUCUUCUUUUGCUUACCAUCUGGACAGUCGAGAAAAUAUGCCAACGGCGGUAAAUGCGCGAAAAUGUGAUCUCAAAUCGUUCUGGUGAUAAAAAUUGACAAUUUGAUACCAAAUAGUAGAAAAAGAACAACAUAAUGAAGACAUACAACCUAAUAAUAUUGAUAAGCUCAAUACUUAGUUUAGGCUUACCACAAAUUACCUCACUGAGACUAGUUACCUACAUAUCAGACAAUGGUUUACACGGUACCAUCCACUUCGAAAAGUUACCGGAAGGCGUAAAACUAAUAACAAAUCUCAACGUAACACUUGAAUACCCAUCCCAAAUAUGGUCAUGGGCAUUGACAGAAUUUCCCACUGAUUAUUCUCAGUUGGAAAACAGAUGUGACUUUACAAAAAUCGGUAACGAAAUCCUGAAUUUCGACGACAUCUACGGCUACCUCCUGGUACCCGAAAACGGUACCUCCGAAUUCGUAACCAAAGACCUCGACAUCCGAGGACCAAAAGGACUGUUUGGAAAAUCGAUCCUUUUAAAAAAUUUAGAAACUAGACGUAAAGUCUGCGGCUCGAUAAUUUUUGAAGACAAAACCGUUGAAAAGGCUGCCGUAGCAAAGUUCAAUUCGCCCCUAGCAGGAAACGUCUAUUUUAAAUGGUUCUCCACAAAAGACAAUCAUAGCGACAUGCUGAUAACUUCGGAUUUGUACCAUGUUGCCAAAACCGACAAAUUGAAAUCCAUUGACCACACGGAACACUCGUGGAAAAUAUACGUGACCGAGAUUCUGGACCACAAACACGACAGAUCGGACAUAAACUGUAACAUACUGCAACUGGUUUUCGAUCCUGAAGACAAAGGAGACGGUCACGCGAUAGGAGAUAUCGAUAAGAGAGUAGGGAAAGUGAAAAUAUCGACUGAUCCCAACAAAAAUCGAUACAAAAUGUUCUUUAGGGACGAAGAACUGAUUCUGCUGCCUAACGAUCUCACUGGACCACACAGGCGCUUGUACCUCGUUAUUUUUGAAAAUAAGCAUCCUGAUAGCUUCCUGGCCUGCGCGAAUAUAAGAUACGAACACCCCAUUAAUGCUAAAGUUAUCAUACAAUCGGGAGGUAUAAAGGGUGAAAUAAACUUAUCCCAAAAUACGAAAUUCGAACCGACCAUGUUAGAUUUUAAUUUGACUACUGCCAGAGGAGACGUCGAAACCAAAUUGGUUUACAGUUCAUCUGUGGCUGGGUACAAGAUACACGAGUUACCAAUGCAACCACCCAAGACCGUAGCACAGAUCGAAAAUGCCUGUCUGACCACGAAAUUUGUAUACAACCCUUUAAAUGUAGACGUCAAUUUCAUCCCACCCAACGGAUACGGUACUCAAAAUCAGUACCCUAUUGGAGACCUUUCGGGAAAGCUUUUGGGCAGAAAUAAUGCCUCAGGUCUUUUGCCAGGAUCCCAAGAACUAAAGGGACAGUAUUGGGACACCUUUUUACCCCUUCAGGGACAACAUUCCAUCAUUCACAGGUCCUUGGUAAUAUACAAAAACACUUAUUACACUUCAUCGGACAUCCAAGCUGAACCGUGGAUUUGCGGGAGUAUUGCGCUGUACGAGCAGAACAUGAAAUACCAGAAACAAAUCUUUACUGCAGAGGUCACUUUUCGGUAUCCGAUAGUGGGACGAAUUUUAUUCAGACAACCGAGAGAUGAGCCCUGGACAGACACCACCGUAAUGGUGGAAUAUUUAAUCCAUGCGGACGGAUCCAGUUUUAACAACUCUGCCGAUCACAGAUGGGCAAUUCACGAGAACCCACAUGGUAAAGACUUCUACAACUGGUCAGGAAGGUGUCUCAGCGCUGGAGCAAUUUACAACCCUUACAAGGUGGAUUUUGAUAAUAAAACGUCUCCAGAGAAGACUUGUAAUUUAGACAGCAUCAAUCGAUGUCGACUGGGCGAUUUAUCUACAAGGCUGGGAACUGUAGCGAUAGCUGGUAGAUUAAUUGAAAGCGACAAAGUUAGCAGAAAAGUAUUUACUGAUCCCCUACUACCCUUGACCGGUCUUUAUGGUAUUUUGGGUAAAUCUUUCGUCAUAUAUGAUGACUUUGGGCCAAAAGCCAGAGGAGAGCGGCUUGCCUGUAGCAUUAUCGGAGGCGUAUAUCGGAGGAAGGCUGUAGCUAAGGACUGGUUUCCUAACGGGGAGCCUUCCAGUGUCCAAGGGAAACUAGAAUUUUACCAGCAAACCGAAUUCGAAAUAACCAAUGUGGAAGUGGACAUUGAAGGUUUGGAAGACACCAGUGGCUAUCACGUACACAUUACUCCAGUGGAAGAAAAUUUGGAAUUUCCUUGCGAAGCCACGACACUUUAUGGACAUUGGAACCCGUUGAACGUCGAUCCAACAUCAUCCCCAAGAACUUACCAAGGAACCCCCGACCAGUACGAAAUGGGAGAUUUAAGCGGAAAAUUUGGAACAUUAGACAACUAUACUAAAUACACCCAAAGUUAUAACGACACCAUGCUGCCGUUGUUUGGACCACGAAGUAUAAUAGGAAGGUCUAUAGUCAUUCACAAAAAGGGAGAUAACAGAAGAUGGGCAUGCUCAACGAUAGAAAGAGGCUACAGCCCAUCGGAAGCAAGGGAGAUACGAGCCAUAGCUAGCUUUCAUCAUCCUGACGGUUACGCAUAUGGAUAUUUUAAAAUGAAACAACUAAUUUAUAAUGAUGGCAGUAAAAGUGACACAGUAAUAGAAAUAAAAUUGAGACAUCCAGGUGUGAAUGACCGAAACAUAACCAGGGACCAUAACUGGGCAAUCUUUGUAAAUCCCGUUGGAGUGGACGCAGCAGUUAAAACUCAAGCAACAAGAUGUGUUGCAGGAGGCUAUGUGUGGAACCCUUUCUACACUCAAUUGGCGGAUCCACUAAACGAAGAACUCUAUCGUCAAGAAUGCGGUCCCAAAAAUCCUCUACGAUGUUAUGUAGGAGACCUUUCAGCCCGUUUAGGAACGAUAGAUAUAGGUCUGAACAGGGUGGUUUUGGUAGAUUCGAAUUUUCCACUAGAAGGAGACGUUACCGCAAUAGGAAGAUCCAUAGUUAUAAUGAGUCCCAAUAAAAAUCAUCUAAAGUACGCUUGUGCUAACAUAGAGCCGGAUUAUGACAUCAUCAAAUACGCCAAUAUUGAAAAACCACCUCGAUUCGUUCUGGCACAGUUUAUCGAAAAUAUACGCGCAGUGAUGGGAAUACCCGAAUGGAUGUUGAACGUGGAUUCGCGAAAAACCAAAUAUUUACAUCAUGACGCUUGUGUUCAGCUUCUUUUACAUUUCAAAGGGCCAAUUGCCAACAAAUUGGAACAAGAUUUUAAUAGACUGAUAACAAUUGGUAGAUUAGAAGCUCCGAGCUUAUAUAUACCGGGAUAUAUAAAUACAAAACGAAAGAGCAAAUUAUCUUACAAACAAUGUGGACGGAGAGAUCCAAAUGAACCGGUAAAGUCCAGAUAUUACGAAAAUUCUAAUUCGUCUAGGCCAACACUUAAAUUAUGCACACUCGCCUAUUUAUUUUUAAUAUUUAUUUAUAAUUUUGUACCAUAAGAUACGAAGUAGAAACGUUGAGUGCGAUUUUAUACCAAAUGUACGAAAACUGUUCCUAAUA